AUGUUGAAAAUCUUACAAGCCAACCUCCAACACGCGAAAGCAUCCAGUGCCGUUGCGUGCAAGGUCCUCCAAGAGGAUGGACUGGACAUGGCUUUGUUACAAGAACCGUGGAUCCAUGGAAACACGGUACUGGGACUGACCGCUGCAGGAUUCUGCACUGAUGACCUAGUAGCGGCACAUGUAAUGCUGCCGGGCUGUGAGGGCAUGAAGCUCAUUGUUAGCUCGGCCUACCUGCCCGGGGAGCACACAGAUCCGUCAACGGCUCUCGCUCCACUGGUGGAGUACUGUGAGGACCAAAAUGCCCAGCUUGUGAUAGGGGCCGAUUGCAAUUCCCAUCACACAGCCUACGGCAGUACGGAUACCAACAAGAGAGGUGAGAUCUUGUUUGACUUCCUCCUGACUAACAACCAAUUAACACUCAAUGAUGGCAACACACCACCUUUCGUCACACGCGCGUGUCAGGAGGUUCUAGAUGAAACAAUCUGCACAGGUCUACUUGAAAGACGUGCUUGCAACUGGCAUGUCUCGAAAGAGGCAUCCAUGUCUGAUCACAGACACAUACGAUUCGACAUUGCUCUCAUAGGGAAGAGCCAAGUGGAGACCCUCAGAAACCCGAAGGCUACAGACUGGGAGGUUUAUCGACACCAAGUUUCGGAAAACCUAGGGAUUAUGAGAGGCUCCGUCAAAUCCAUACAGCAACUCGAAUACACAGUAGAGGAGCUCGGAAGGUGCAUGUUAGAUGCCUACGAGAACAGCUGCCCUCUAAAACUAGAUGCUCUAACACUAAGGUCCCCUGGUGGAACUCUAACCUGGAGCAUCUAA